AAAAAAAAAACAUUGUCGAAAUGUCAAUCGCGUACAAUAAUCAGCUGUCGAUUUUUAUUGCAAUAAUUUAUUAUGAACACAAUGCGCGUUAACAAAUGAACGAAUCCCUGUUCUGCUAAGAAGCAAUCACGGUGGUGAUCUUGGGUUUGUGCGGUGUGGGGCGAUGGCGCGGUGUGGGUUCGGCGAGUGACGGAGGCGAAGGCGGGCGAGGCCAAGGUCCGAAGGGCCAGGCAUGUGGAGGCAUGGCCGGCGAGGCGGCGGGGACGUCGCGCGGGCUCCGGGUGUACAAGAUCGUCGUGCUGGGGGACGGGGGGGUAGGCAAGUCCGCGGUUACUCUUCAGUUCGUGAGCCACAGUUUCCUGGACUACCAUGACCCUACAAUAGAGGACUCAUAUCAGCAGCAAGCUGUCAUUGACGGAGAACCAGCCUUGUUGGACAUUUUGGACACAGCCGGACAAGUGGAGUUCACAGCAAUGCGGGAGCAGUACAUGCGGUGCGGAGAGGGCUUCGUGCUCUGCUACUCCGUAACGGACCGGCGCUCCUUCCGCGCCGCGGCCGAGUACCGCCGGUUGCUCGCGCAGGCGCGGCCCACGGAGCGCCUGCCUCUUGUACUCGUUGGGAAUAAGCUGGACUUGGCUCCUAGGUGUCGGCAGGUGACAACUGAAGAAGGCUCGGCUUUGGCCACGCAGCUCGGUUGCCCGUUCUUCGAGACGUCGGCUGCGUUGCGACAUUUCGUCGAUGACGCUUUUCACGCGCUCGUCCGUGAGAUACGCCGGUUGGAGCGACAGAGACAGUCCUCGCUAAUGGGCACCGGCAUCUCGACGGGCGGCGGGCGCCGGCGCUGGCGGCGCCUCCGCAGCAUCUUCGCGCUCGUGUUCCGCCGCCGGCGGCGCCACGACUGAACGUAAGCCUUAACACAACCACUUUAGGUUCAGAUUCGAAUGACGCGUCGAGGCGACGUUUGACUGUACGAACCAAUGG